AUGCUUGUUUAUUUUUUAUUCCCAAGAAAUAUCGAGGGUCUAGUCAUGAGUAAUUCCUGUAGAGUGUAGGAUCUUGUGGGAGGUACUCAUUUAAUUAAAUCAAACUCAAAUCUGUAAUAAAAAAAUCCUGAGAGAAAACUUAUUAAGUUUGAUUAAGAUAUUCAUCAAACGGAAUAUAAUGAAGGAUAUAGGAAUAAGAAUUUUAACGAGAUAAUAAGAUAUAAUCAAGGCUUAGAAGACAGAAAAAUAACUAAGAAAUCACUUUAAUAUAGAAUCUCUUACAUAUGUCAACAUAAUUAAACAAAAAAGUUUGAGGUGAAUUUUAAAUCAACAUAUUAGAUAGAGAUUUAAGAAAUAGAAAAGUAUUAACCAUUUUUCGUUAAAAAAAUUAUUAAUUAAUAGAUUUAUAUUAACAGAGUUUAUUAUAAACCUAUUAAGAAAAUUUCACCCCAUAAACUGAAUUCGAUAUUUAAAUGGGUAUGUAGAUUUAAAAAUUUAAACAUAGGUAUGUCUUAAUAAGAUGUAAUUUUUCAACAUAAAAGUCAUUUGUUACAAAGAAAAGGAUCAUAUUAAUUCUGAUUGGUUCAGCAACAAAUUGAUUUCACAUGAUCAUAUUCUACAGAUAAUAAAAAUUGAAAAGAUUUGA